AAGAAUUAUUAUGUCUGAUUUAAGAAGUGAUUUGUCAGAAAUGGAGUCGGAACCUUUUCAAAGCAGAAUAUAUCGUAAAUGAAAAAGUGUCAGAAUCUGAUGACACCGAACCCGAAAGAAGAAAGUGCAGGGUCGGUGCCACCAAAGGGAAAGCGAGUUAAAGCUAAUAAAACGAAUAAAAUUAAGGAUUAUUUCAUAAUCGAGCAGGAUCCUAAGAGUAAGAAAACUACUGACAAACAAGGCAAAUGUACCCUAUGUGUCGUAAAAAAUACAGUUUUAAAAAUGAAAAACUGUGGAACAUCUUCACUAAGGAGGCAUUUGCAUAAACACACUAGAGUCUACGAAAACAUUUUUGGUAGAUCCAGCCCACCUAAAUCCGAAGCAGAAGCCUCUGCCAGUUCGAAUAGGCGUAGCACAAUUACAAAUUGGCUUGAGAAGACCACUAAUUGUUCAGAAAACUUUCAACAAGACAAAUUUCAAAAACUACUUGUGGAAUAUAUAGCACAGAAGUAUCUCCCUUUCAACUUUUUUGAAGAUGCUAUAAGUGGAAAAAUGUACAAAUUCCUAAAUCCAAAGGCAACUCUACCUGGUCGGAAUCAAAUGAAAUCUUUGACAUUAAAAACAUUUGCAGCAGCGCAGCAAACAAUUAAGUCAUUUUUGAAAACAUGUAAUUCAAAAAUCUCGUUCACAAUCGAUGGAUGGUCUUCUUUUAAUAUGAAGGGGUACUAUGGUAUUACCGCCCAUUUUAUCGAUAAAAAUUGGAAAUUUCAUUGUAUCCUUCUAGAUUUUGUGCCAGCACAUGGGCAACAUACUGGUAAUGCAAUUGCAAAGCUAUUUUUCGAAGUAUUACAAUUCUACGAUGUUACAAAAUGCAUACAAGGUAUUACUACCGACAAUACAAAUAGUAAUUUUACGUUCAUCAGAGAACUUCAAACGCAUAUUUCUGAAAUCGAUACAAAAAAUAUCCACUUUGUAUGUUUUCCACACAUCUUAAACUUGGCAGCUAGAGAUUUUAUGAAAAUCCUUGAUUCUGAGGUUGAAGAAACCGCCAACAUUUUGACAGAUAUAUCAGAUGAUGAUGAUGAUGACUGCCAAGUUCCGCCCUCUUCUGUAAGAAAAAUCCAUUCCCUUGCUAAAAAAUUAAAAAACUCUGAAGAUUUACGUGAAGAUUUUGAAAAAUUUUGCACCACUUUAAACCUGAAAUUUACUAUGCCAAAACUUGAUGUCAUAACAAGGUGGAACUCCACGUUAGACAUGUUGAGAUGGAGUCUAAAUAUGAGAAACGCACUUAACAUCCUUUGUGAUAAUGUAGAAAAUUUAAAAACUUUAAAGCCAACCGACGCAGAAUGGUCGUUAAUUGAACGAAUUUGCCAGUACCUUAAUGUUUUUAAGAGUAUUUCCAUAAUUUUAGAAAGUGAAUCAUAUGCUACUUUACCCAUGGUAAUAAUCGGCAUUAAUAUGUUGCUGGAUAGACUAGAAUCGUGGACUAUGGUACUUGACAAUAAACCUGAUCGAGAUGAAAUCGAUGAAAAGAUUAUAAAUAGUAUUCAAGCGGCAAGGGACAAAAUCAUUAGACAUUACCAACGGACUAACUGGAUGUACUGUGUUGUCCUGAUUUUAGACCCCCAACAUAAAGUGGAUACAUUCUCCAAUACAAGUUGGGGAAAAGAGUUGCAGAUAGAAGCAAUUAAACAUUUUGAAGAUAUUUUUAAAGCACAAUAUUUUAGGGCUGACUCUCUGCAAAUUUCUGAACCAUCACUUCAAGUAGCAGCAUCUUCAAACCCUAGUAAAGAUAGUAGUGUCGAAAAGUUUGAAAUAGAUCUACUAAGUUUGUUUAAUAGAAAACCUGCCCAUAAUGCAGACGACGAUAUGGCCUGGCGUUACGAAAUCGACAAAUAUAUUUCUGACCCAAGAGCUUGA